GGAUACAUUACUUGCAAGACAGAUUGGGGACAUUCAGUCCCGCAGAUCUGCCGAUUCUUGAGGCAAGCUGAAAGGCAAGGUCCAUAGCAGGUGCAGAACAACAUAAAAGGCCUCUAGAUUAGCAAAGCGUUAUAGACAUUCUGCACAAUACCUUUGAGAGAGACAUCUAAGGUCCCAAUGAAGUUGAUCAUCUUCGGUGCAACGGGGAAUGUGGGUCAGACCAUCGCGAAAGCAGCCGUCCAGGAUAAGCAAGAUGUCACAUUAUUUGUGAGGAACAAGAAGAAAUUGGAAGGGCUCCUCCCGUCUGAGAUUCUCAGUCAAUGCAGGGUCAUAGAGGGAGAUGCCAUGGAUGGCGCUGCAGUGAGACAAGCAGUGCGCGGCCAUUCUGUUGCCAUAAAUGCAGCUGGGCACGCAAAGGACGGCCAACAAUUUCAUCUUCUCUUCAAGGGGAUUGUUGAGGCAGUGGCAGAGUGUUUGGAGCCUCCAAAGAAACUGUGGAUGCUGGGUGGUGUCACAGCUUUGGACGUGCCAGGCUCAUCAGACAAACUCAAGUCCUUCAAUGAUUUGCCAAUGCUGUACCGAACGCCGUACAGGAUACACACAGAGAAUUAUGGAGAGCUGCUCUCUGACAAGGCCGCAGGGCUGGACUGGUCGCUGAUCUGCCCAGGUGUCCUCUAUGAAGCAGACAAGAAGCCGGCCAAUGCACCUGCCGGGGCCCUGCACACAUUCACCGAGGAGGCUGAGGUAUCGCUGCCACACUGGGCUCUCAGCAAGUGGUGUCCCAGGAUUGUCAUCAGCCUGCUGACCAUCCAACAGAUUGGAACCUUCACGAUGCUCAUCAAGGGCAUCAGGAGCUUCAGCCCCGACAAUCAGCACGUCAUAGAAUUCUAUAAACCUCUUACGCUCAUCGUUGGGCACAAUGGUGCUGGAAAAACGAUCGCUGGGGAGAAUGAAGUCAAGGCACAGAUCAAGCUGCGUUUCAAGACAGCAACUGGGCAGCCUGUGGUGAUCAUUAGAGCGUUUCAGCUGACGCAGAAAAAGACCGCCUUGCAAUUCAAGGCGCUGGACCAGACUCUGCAGACAAUAAACCGUGACACCAACAAGAAGGAAGCUCUGUCCUAUCGGUGUGCAGACAUGGACCGCAUAGUCCCCUCCUUGAUGGGCGUAUCAAAGGCGAUCUUGGAAAAUGUCAUCUUCGUGCACCAAGAAGACUCAAAUUGGCCGCUGGCAGAAGGGCAGAUCUUGAAGAAGAGGUUUGACGACAUAUUUGCAGCCACAAAGUACACCAAGGCACUGGAGGCACUCAGGAAGUUGAGGACAGAGAAGAUGGCAGAUGUGAAGGAAUUCAAGCUGCGGCUGGAGAACCUGCGCACGCACAAGGACAACGCUGCGAGGCUGCGGCGGGAUGUGGAGGAAGGAGAGGCGCAGGAGCGGAAGCUGCUGGAUCACAUCCGUGCCAUUGACGAGCAGCUGACCCAGCUGCAACAGGUGAUGGAUGGGUUGGACAGUCAGCUUGUCCGCAUUGCCGACUGCGCAGAUGAGGAACGAGAUAUUAAAACGCGGCUUGAGGUCACAGCGAGGACAAACGCUGAGACACGGGCUAGGCUGGCAGCUGCAUAUGGCGAGGAGGAUCUCAAGUCAUCCUUGGAAGAGCUGGAGGAGUUUGCCAAGACAUUGGAGCCCACAACGCGCGACAGCCGCAACAAGCUGCGCACACGAGAAGUGGACCUGCAGGGUGCAAGGAUGAAUGUGGAGGCAGAGCGUGAGCAGCAUGAGAGAGCCAUGCAGAAGCUGAGCCGCCUGACAGCCGGCGCGGAGGCACACAGCCGCAACGUGGCUGACAGAGACCGCUUCAUCCGAGAACUCGCCAUGCGCAACGGCAUUAUGCAGCUCCCUGCCAACGGCCCCCUGACACCUGGCCAUGUUGCCGCGAUGAAGCUGGCGAUGCAGGACUUCGAGGCGAAGCUCACGCAGGAGCUGCAGCAGCUGAAGGCGGCCAAUGCCGGCAGGGAUGAUGAGAUGGGGCGCCAGGUGGACGGCGUGACCACCCAGCUGGCAGGCGCGCGCGAGGGCGUGCGGUCCAAGCAGGAUUUCAUCCGCACCAGCGAGACCACCAUCUCCCGCUUGCAGGCCGAGAUAUCGAGCGGCGGGCAGCGGGCGGUGAGCAGGGCAAUGCUGGAGGAGGUGAAGGAGAGGGAACACCAAGCAGAGGCCCAGGUGUCCGCCAGGCAGGCCGCUCUGGACAAGGCCGGUCUGGACAAGGACAUACAGCGCCUGUCCGCCGAACUGACCAAGCUGCAGGGGAAGACGUCUGGCUUGAGACAGGAGAGGGAGCGGCUUGCAGUGGAAGCUGACAAGGGGACCAGGCUGCGCAUGCGCCGCCAGGAUGUAAAUGCCAAGGAGGCAGAGCUCGACGUGCUCAUCCAGAGCCACAAGAGCAGGCUGGAAACCUUCCUCAAGUGCCGAGGCAGAGGUCUGCCACAGCCUCAGGAGUUGAAGGCAGCAGCCGAGGUGGCGCUGCAGCACCUGAAGCAGGAUAAUGUGGAAGACAGCGCGUUCGUGGACACAAUGGCAAAGGAGGAGCGGCAGCACAAGGACACCAGCACCAAGGCUGCCCGCGUCACCGCCCUCAGCGUCAACAUCGUGCACUUCAAGAAGACGGCCGACGACCAAUUCAGGGAGAUUCCGGCUAUGACGGCGCAGUUUGACAGGGAGCUGGCCGAUGUGGGUGCGCGGCUUCAGGCGCUGCGCGAGCUGCAGCCGACGUCGGUGCGCUGUCAGGCGCUGUCCCAGGGAGACAUCCCCCAGCUGCGUCACCGCCUGCAGGAGCUGGAGGCCACCGCAGAGCACGGCGCAGACACCCUGGAACACGCCAGCGCAGACUCCGCCGAAGCGCAGCACGCCUUCCAGGAAGCGCAGAAGCUGCAUGCAGAGGUGGUGUGGCAGAUCGACAGGCUGGCAGUGGAGCUGGCGGAGGCUCAGAGGGACGUGGCGCAGCUGACGGCGCAGGCGCGGUCCAGCGGAUUCGCGCGCACCGUCGGUGAUGUGGACACUGACAUGGAGGCCCUGGAGAACCAGCGUACCGCCCUCGAGCGCGAAAAGGACACCGCCAUGCGCAAGCUGGAGCGCCUCAGGAAUGAGGUGAACAGCGCGACGCACGAAUGGCACCAGGUGCGGGAGGAGGCCAUGCGCAAGGUGGCGGCGGCGGAGCGGCGUGCGCAGCUGGACGCGCAGGUGAAGGACCUGGAGACGCAGAUCGCGGCCGCCGGGCGCCAGAUCGAGGAGCUGCGCCGCCAGAUGCAGCCGCUGGAAGCCGAGCGUGCGCAGCGCACCAAGGAGCGGGGCGAGCAGCGCACAGCUGCCAGGGCGAGGGAAGCUGAGGCCGAGGGCCGGCUGCGCGAGGCGAAUGCAGCUGCGUCAGAGCUGCGCGCGAAGCUGCGGCCGGUGGAAGAGUACGCGUCCUCUGACAAGGAGGAGCAGCUGAAGCGGGCUGGCGCUGGGAUGGAGGCCAGCAAGCAGCGGAUGGAGGCCAAUGCUGAGCGUGUCAAGGCCAUCAGCGAGGAGAUUGGGAGGCUGCAGGCGGAUGUCAAGGGCCAUGAUGACUUGAAGCGCCAGUUGGACGAGUGCAUGGCCUACCAGAAGAAUCUCAUCAUAGAGAAGGAGCUGCAAGCCCGCCACGCCAAGGUGACAGCCGACAUGGGCAAUCUGGGUGAUCAUGAGAAGAUCAAGGAUGAGCACGACCAGCUUGAGGCAAAGAAGAAAGAAUUCUGCCGGGACCAGGACAUGGCGCGGGGGAGUCUGGGGACAGUGCGGGAAGGAUUGAAGCGGGCCAGGGAGAACCUGUCUGCCAAGGAGUACCGCGACAUUGACAACAGGCACCGCAAGCAGCUCAUAGAGCUGAAGACCACCGAGAUGGCCGCCUCCGACCUGGACAAGUACCACAAGGCGCUGGAGAAGGCGCUGCUGGCGUUCCACACGGCGAAGAUGGCGGACAUAAACAAGAUCGUGAAGGAGCUGUGGCAGAAGACGUACCGCAACCAGGACAUCGACUACAUCCAGAUCGCGGCCGACGCCGACCAUGGGGCCGCACGCUCCUACAACUACCGCGUCACCAUGGUCGCAGGCGGCGCCGAACUCGACAUGCGCGGCCGCUGCUCCGCCGGCCAAAAGGUGCUGGCGUGCCUGAUAAUCCGGCUGGCGCUGGCGGAGACGUUCUGCCUCAACUGCGGCAUCCUGGCGCUGGACGAGCCCACCACCAACCUGGACGAGGCCAACUCGGCCUCCCUGGCCGACGCCCUGCGCCAGAUCAUGGCCCAGCGUGCCGCCCAGGCCAACUUCCAGCUCGUGGUCAUCACCCACGACGAGAGGUUUGCAAACAUGAUUGGGACGCGCGAGCACACGGAGUUCAUGUGGCGGAUCACCAAGGACCAAGACCAGCACAGCCACAUUGCUCAGGAGCCCCUUCUGGAAUGA